AAUACUUAAAGAAGUUGCAACCAUUAGUCAAUAAAUCACUUUUGCCAAUCUCUAAAACUCACAGUUCGUCUUGUUUCUAUUGACAUUGUUGUGAGCAAUGACGCUUCCACUCUUUUCUUGGCUUUUCCCGUUACUUCUUACCACAAUUUUCUAUGAGAUCAAUGUGGUUUUGGUUUCUGGUCACUGUCAAAGCGACCAGCAUGGAUUGCUGAUUCAAUUGAGGAACAAGCUCGACUUCUAUUCCUCCUCAUCUCUGAAACUGGUGAAGUGGAAUCAAAGCCUAGAUUGCUGCAUGUGGAAAGGUGUAACAUGUGAUGUCAGAGGUCGUGUUAUCGAUCUUGAUUUGAGCAAUGAAUGGAUUUUUGAUGGAAUUGACGAUUCAAGCAAUCUCUUCAAUCUCCAGCAUCUCCAGAGUCUAAAUUUGGCAAACAACGACUUCAACUCCAACUUUCCUUCCGGGUUUGAUAAACUUUUAAACUUGAGGCAUCUUAAUCUCUCAAAUGCUGGCUUCACAGGGCAAAUUCCAGUUGAGAUUUCAAGGAUGAAGAGCUUGGUUACUCUUGAUUUAUCUGUAGAUGCCGAUUUCUAUCUUGGAUUGAAACUUGAGAACCCAAAUCUAGUUAUGCUUGUUCAGAAUCUCAAGGAGCUAAAGCAUCUCUAUCUUGAUGGGGUAAAUAUAUUAGCACAGGGAAAUGAGUGGUGCCAAACGUUAUCCUCUUUGGCUAACUUGCAAGUAUUGAGCAUGUCAAACUGUAAUCUUUCAGGCCCCAUAGAUUCUUCCCUUUCCAAGCUUCAGUUUCUUUCAGUAAUUCGUUUGGAUGGAAACAAUCUGUCUGGUCAAUUUCCAGAGAAAAUCUUCCAGGUACAUGCACUAAGGACUCUUGAUUUAUCCGGCAACCUACUUCUUGAAGGAUCUCUCAAAGAAUUUCUUCCUGCUUCAUCGCUUGAGACUUUGACGCUUAGCAGAACAAGUUUUGGGGAGACUUUACCAGAAUCUAUUGGAAACCUGGGGAGGCUGUCAAGGAUAGAGCUUGCAAGUUGCCAUUUUAAUGGAUCAAUUCCAAAAGCGAUGGCAAAUCUCCCACAACUGGUCUCUUUGGAUUUUUCAUCCAACAAUUUUUCUGGUUCAAUCCCAUCUUUUUCAUUGGCAAAAAAUCUUACUCAACUAAACCUUGCCCAGAAUCACUUAACUGGCUCUAUUCUCUCGACUGAAUGGCCAAGCCUUUCCAAGCUUGUGAGUAUUAAUUUGAGAGAUAAUUCACUAAGUGGAGCUCUCCCUGCAACUUUGUUUGGCAUUCCAUCUUUGCAGAGUUUAGUACUCUCACAAAAUCAGUUCACUGGUGGAUUGCAUGAACCCCCAAAACUAGCUUCCUCUUCAUUGCACUCCCUUGAGUUGGAUAGCAAUAUGUUGGAUGGACCUUUCCCAAUGUUCGUAUUUAGACUACAAAGCCUUCAGGUCCUCAUCCUUGCUUUCAAUAAUUUCAGUGGUCAAUUAAAUUUAAGUUCCAUUUUGAACCUCGGGGAUCUUUCUACUCUUGAUCUCUCAUUCAACAGCUUCUCCAUCAAUGCAACCAUUUCUAAUCAUGCUUCUUUUCCUCAGAUUCACACAUUAAAAUUGGCUUCUUGCAAGCUAAAAAGAUUCCCAAAUUUCUUGAAGGAGCAACCCAAACUAUCAAUUUUAGAUCUUUCAACCAACCAAAUUAAUGAGGAAAUACCCGAUUGGGUUUGGACCGCUCAAUCUCUUAGUUACUUAAAUCUUUCUCACAACUUUCUAGUGAAUUUGCAAGGACCUCUUCAGGUUUCCAAAUUUUUUUCAUUUGUCCUAGACCUUCGUGGCAACAAAUUGCAAGGUCCACUACCACAGCUCUCACCAUUUUCGACAUAUGUAGAUUACUCGAACAACAAUUUCAGCUCUAUUAUACAAUUCGAUGAUGGUAAUUUAAUCGCCGGAUACGCUUCCCUCUCCCUUAGCUCCCCUUCCUUCAUCUUUCUUUCCAACAACAGCCUCCGGGGAAGGAUUCCUGAAUCAAUUUGCAAUGCUACAAAUCUUGAAGUCCUUGAUCUGUCAAAUAAUUAUCUGAGUGGCAUUAUUCCUCAAUGCUUAACUAGGAUGGAGUCUCUUAAGGUGUUAGACCUAAGUAGAAAUAACCUCAGUGGCAACAUCCCUAGUAAAUUUUCAAGUAACUCUUUAUUACAAACACUAAACCUCAAUGGAAACCACUUAGAAGGGAAGGUUCCUAGAUCCUUGGCCAACUGCACAAUCUUGGAGGUUUUAAACCUUGGAAACAACCUGAUCAACGAUACUUUUCCUUGCCAUUUGAAGAACAUAUCUAGUUUGCAAGUCCUGGUAUUGAGGCACAACAACUUUCAUGGGCUAAUUAGUUGCCCAGAUGACAAUUCCUCAUGGCCACUGCUUCAAAUUAUUGAUCUUGCUUCCAAUCAUUUUAGGGGAGAACUACCUUAUCAUUGGUUACAAACCUGGAAGGCAAUGAUGGUUGCCUCAAAUGAGUUCAAAAUCCUUGUUCUUAAGGAUCAUUUUGAAAUUAAUUUUGAAUUUAAUGUCGGUGGAAUCUAUGAAACAUUGUAUCCUGAUGGAGGAAGUACUCUCUACAAAAAACAUUGGGAGGGUUGGGAGGGCACCGAUAUCUCUCAAGUAUUCUAUUAUCAAGAUGCAGUAACCAUUACCAUUAAAGGUUCUGAGAGACAAUUGGUGAAAAUCUUAAGUCAUUUUACCUCCAUCGACUUUUCAUGUAACAAGUUUGAAGGGCAAAUAGCAGAGGUUUUGGGAGAGUUUAGGGCACUCUAUGCCCUCAAUUUGUCACAUAAUGGUUUCACAGGUUUAAUCCCUUCAUCUCUAGGAAAUUUGCAAUAUCUUGAGGCUUUAGACCUUUCUAGUAAUAACUUGAGUGGUCAAAUUCCUCAGCAUCUAGGAGAUCUUAAUUUCCUUGCAGUCCUUAACCUCUCAUACAAUCAACUCGAAGGAAGAAUCCCAAGUGGAAGUCAAUUUCGAACAUUUUCAGAAGAUUCCUUUAAAGAUAAUAAGGGAUUAUGUGGAAUGCCCCUGAAGGAAAAUUGUAGUAGAUGGAGGGUGUGGUAUUGCAAAUAUACUGAUGGUCUUCUUUCCAGGUUCUUCCCUCUAUUGAAUCAAAGAAGUAGAAGUCGUGGCACCAAAACACAGUUGAGGAACAAGCAGCGUGAUGUGUUGUAUUAUUAUCUUCAAUCUCUUUCAGUGAUACGUUUGGAUGGAAACAAUCUGUCUGCUCCAAUUCCAGAAUUCUUCACAAAAUUAAGGAACUUGACUUCUUUGAGGCUUAGUAACACCAAUUUGCAAGAAAUUUUUCCAGAUAAAAUCUUCCAGAUACUUUCACUACAAACUCUUGACUUGUUGACCAACCCAUCUCUUGAAGGAUCUCUUAAAGAAUUUCUCCCUGCUUCAUCUCUUGAGACCCUGCUGCUCAGCGACACAAGUUUUGGGGGAACUUUACCACAUUCUAUUGGAAACCUGGGAAGGUUGUCAAGGAUAGAGCUUGCACGUUGCAAUUUCAAUGGAACAAUUCCAAAGGAAAUAGCAAAUCUCACACGGCUUGUCUCUCUGGAUUUUUCAUCAAACAGCUUUUCGGGUUCAAUUUUCUCCAUUAAAUGGUCGGGCCUUUCCAAGCUUGUGAGUAUUAAUUUGCACAACAAUUCAGUAAUUGGAACUAUCCCUGCAACUUUGUUUGGCAUUCCAUCUGUGCAGAGUAUAGUCCUCUCAGAAAAUCAAUUCAGUGGUAGAUUGAAUGAGCUUUCAGAAUCAGCUUCUUCUGCACUGAACACCCUUGAUUUGGGAAGAAACAAGUUGGCAGGACCAUUCCCGAUGUUUAUAUUUCAUCUCCAUAGCCUGAAAGUCCUUGUGCUAUCUUCCAACAAUUUCAGUGGUCCAGUAAAUCUUAGCUUGUUUCAGCAGCUAAAGAAUCUUUCAACACUUGAUCUCUCAUUCAACAGCUUGUCAAUCAAUGGAGUUGAUUCUAACCCUGUUUCUUUUCCCCAGAUUCGCACAUUAAAAUUGGCUUCUUGCAACCUGACAAGAUUCCCUAAUUUCAUGCAGGAGCAAUCUAAACUAAUCAUUUUAGAUCUUUCAGAGAACCAGAUUGAUGGAGAAAUACCCAACUGGGUUUGGAAUAUUACAUCUCUCAGUUACUUAAAUCUUUCUCACAACUUUCUGGCGACUAUGCAAGAACCUCCACAGGUUUUCAGUUCUAAUAUGUUUGUGUUAGACCUUAGUGGCAACAAUCUGCGAGGGCAACCACCAAAACCCCCACCAUUUGCUACAUAUGUUGAUUACUCGAACAACAGCUUCAGCUCUGUUAUACCAAUAGACAUUGGUGAUUUUCUCAAUUACACUUACUUCUUCUCUCUUUCCAACAACAGCCUCCACGGAAGUAUUCCUGAAUCAAUUUGCAAUGCUACAUAUCUUACUGUCCUUGAUUUGUCAAAUAAUUUCUUUAAUGGCACUAUUCCCCAAUGCUUGACUACGAUAGAGUCUCUAGGGGUGUUGAACCUGAGAGGAAAUAACAUCAGUGGCAGCAUAUCUGAUACAUUUUCAAAUACAUGUGGGAUACAAACUCUAGACGCCAAUCAAAAUCAUCUGGAGGGUAAGAUCCCACGUUCAUUGGCCAACUGCAGAAGGCUGGAGGUUUUAGACCUCGGAAACAAUUUGAUCAAUGAUGUUUUUCCUUGCCAUUUGAAGAACAUAUCCAAUUUGAGAGUCCUUGUUUUGAGGUCCAACCACUUUCAAGGUCAAAUUGGUUGUCCAAAUGAAAGUUCUUCCUGGCCAAUGCUUCAAAUUGUUGAUCUUGCUUCCAACCAUUUUAGUGGAAAACUGCCAGAGCAACGCUUAAGAACCUGGAAGGCCAUGAAUGAUGAAGGUAAGCUCCAGCACCUUCAUUUUCAUAUCCUGCCACUCAGUUCACUUUAUUAUCAGGAUUCAAUAACAGUUACCAUGAAAGGUCUUGAGGUGCAACUGGUUAAAAUCCUCACCCUUUUCACCUCCAUUGAUGUCUCAUGCAACGACCUCAAGGGGACAAUACCAGAAUCUAUGGGAGAAAUGGGAGCACUCCAUGUCCUUAACCUGUCACAUAAUUCUCUCACAGGACCAAUCCCAUCAUCUCUGGGAAAGUUGCGGGAGCUUGAAUCCUUGGACCUCUCAAGCAACAACCUGACUGGUGAGAUUCCUCAGAAGCUGUCGGAUCUCUUUUUCCUGUCAGUCCUUAAUCUCUCAAACAAUAAUCUGAUGGGGCCAAUUCCAACAUCAAAUCAGUUUUCAACAUUCUCAAAUGAUUCCUUCAGAGGCAACGAUGGACUCUGCGGCCCUCCUUUGUCAGAAAGAUGUGAGAGUAAUGGCAAUGCUCCAGACUCAAGAUCUCCGCUGCCAUACCAGAAAAUACAUGGCCUAGAUUGUAUCUGCCAUGAUUCCCCACCUACUUCUUUUUCUACAUCCACUUCGUCUUCAUUUUCUUCUUAGGUCCCAGCUCUUUAUUUGCCAUCCUGCUUUUAUUUUUCCUUCUUUGGACAUACAUAGAGAAGGUUCCAUCCCUGGAGAGGGGUUGACGAGAGCAAAAGGCCAACAUGUAAAUUUUCAUCUUUGGCAAUAAUUAAUAGAACCGAGAUUAUUCAGUUCCUGGGAUAAUGGCCCCAGAAGUACUAGUUUAGGCAUUCCGUCGAACAGGUGGAGUCCCAAAUAGCCCAGAAAAACAGUCACAUACGAGGUUAGAAAUUGCCCAAUUACCCUUUUUCUCAAUCUUCAAAGAAGGGUAUUUCUCAAAACCAAAGGACAAGGCAAGAGGAAAUCUACCCAUUCGCAUAUCCAAAUGCAGUAGCAUCCGCCAUGCAUCUUCCAACGAGACAACAGCAAAUGUUGAAAUUCGGAGCGUACUAUUAGGUACGUUUGUACAAAUUGAAAAACAUUUGAACGACAUCGUAUUGUUCUUUGCUUUUUUUUCUUUCUUUUGGUAAAUGUAUAUUGUUCUUUGCUAGCUUACAAACUUAUUAGGUUGGGCUUUUUAAUAGGCCCUUUUCUCUAAUUAAUUAAUUAAUCGGGCUGGGCAUUUUUAAUUCCUUUCUAAUUUGUUUUGACCCUUCUAGGCCUCUUUCUCUGUGUCUAAAGUGGGGGGAAAAAUGGAAAAGAGAAGAAAAUUGUGUCACAUAU